AUGGCCGACGUCCGAGAACACAAGCGCUUCCAAGCCGACGCCUGGGACUUCCUCACGCCCUGGCUUGAGCAUCUCCAUGAGCGGCUCAUGGUCCACCCCGACGGCUACUUGCAAGUGCGGCACCCGGACUCACGUCGCUUCCGACGCAACCAGAACCAAGAGACCGAAGUCAAGCGCCCCGAGCGAUUCGACACCAGCCACUGGCGCACGCGCGAGGCGGUGGAGCUGCUGGUGCUGGUGCACGCCGUCAACAACCAGGCCCAGAAGCCGGGCGAGCUGUCGCCCGUGAAGAAGUGGCGGAACUUCUUGCUCCCUCACACGUCGGACUACGAGCCCAGUCCGGAGUUUUUGGAGGCAAAGCAACGCAUCUUGUUGAUGAAGGACGAGGGAUUCAAGAGACACCCACGCGUGCCGCAGUUCGUGGAGAUCCCCAUUUCGCUCUCUUUGGGCGCAUCCAGAGAUGAGAAUCGGGAUUUUGUUGCUCAUAUGAAGGAACUGCGAGACCUGAUUGAGGAGAUGAAGGGCCGAGCUGCAGCCGCUACUGCUGCAGAAGUGUGUGUGGAAAGUGUGCUGGACGUGCUUGGUACUGGGAUCCCGGUCGUGGCGGUGGUAGUGAAUCCGUACAAUAGAUUUCGAGGUAAUCGCAACGGCGUGAGUCGCCAAGCACUUGCGAAAUUCCUCAUUGGCGUGUUGCUGGAUCCAUCGUGGAAGAUUCACUCGAUCGGCACCUUCGACUUCAUCGGUGAGCAUGACUGGCACUACCAAGCGCUGUACGCUGCGCUUGCAGCAGCUCGGACCCCAGUCGCAAACCUGUCAACGCAUGGCUGCUUUUUCCGCCAAGAUGAUCAGCUUCAGCUACUAGCGAAGGCGCUGUUUUCCCCGCGGUCGUCCAACCAGGCGUUCUACCCGCCCAUCCACGGCUUGGAUAUUUUGUACGAGAAGGCUGAUCUGGAGACCAUUGUGGCUGCUAUCAAGGAAAAGGAGAGCGGGUUUAUGACUGAGUGGCAGCUACGUGAGGCACAGGCAACCAACGCAGCUUGGUUGAGGUGA